AUGACUUCAUCUGUAUCGGUGGCGUUCAACAACGUCACUUCACAGUCUGGAACAUUUUUCCAGCCGCCUUCACAGCCUCAGUUAGGAGGCCAUCAUGCUGGACCUCCGCAAAUGCUUCCUGAAAAUAUUUUGGAAGAGAAAGCAAGAAAAUGGAAGCAAUUGCAGUCGAAGCGUUAUGCAGAGAAACGCAAAUUUGGUUUUGUUGAUUCGCAAAAAGAAGAUAUGCCACCAGAACAUGUCCGGAAAAUUAUACGUGAUCACGGUGAUAUGACAUCACGUAAGUAUCGUCAUGAUAAGCGUGUUUAUUUGGGUGCUUUGAAAUACAUGCCUCAUGCAGUUUUGAAACUUCUCGAAAAUAUGCCUAUGCCAUGGGAGCAGAUCCGUGAUGUUAAAGUAUUGUAUCAUAUAACGGGUGCAAUAACAUUUGUGAAUGAAAUCCCUCGUGUGAUUGAACCUGUAUACAUGGCACAAUGGGGUACGAUGUGGAUUAUGAUGAGACGGGAAAAAAGAGACCGAAGACAUUUCAAACGCAUGCGUUUCCCGCCUUUUGAUGAUGAAGAACCACCUUUGGAUUACGCUGAUAAUAUUUUGGAUGUUGAACCCUUGGAGCCGAUUCAAAUGGAACUUGACCAAGAUGAAGAUAAAACUGUCGCUGAAUGGUUCUAUGAGCAUAAACCUCUAGCCAAAACUAGUGUACCAAUGAUGGCUACUCUCUAUCGCCUUGCUAAUCAGUUAUUGACUGAUCUUGUGGAUGAUAAUUAUUUCUAUUUGUUUGAUUUGAAAUCAUUUUUCACGGCCAAAGCAUUAAACGUGGCAAUUCCUGGUGGCCCAAAAUUCGAACCACUGGUGAAAGAUCUUAAUACACUUGACGAAGACUGGAAUGAGUUUAACGAUAUAAACAAAGUCAUUAUCAGAGCUCCUAUUCGUACUGAAUACCGGAUCGCUUUCCCUUUCAUGUACAAUAAUCUUAUCAACAGCUUACCAGUUCAAGUGUCUUGGUAUCAUACCCCUUCUGUUGUAUUUAUCAAAACAGAAGAUCCAGAUUUACCAGCUUUUUAUUACGACCCUCUGAUUAAUCCAAUAGCACAACGCUCUAUCGAAAAGAGUAAAGAGAUUGUCCCAGUGGAGGAUGAAGAUUUUGUUUUACCAGAAGAAAUUGAAGCAAUUUUCUGUAACGUUCCGCUGUAUACAGAAAACACUGGAAAUGGCAUAGCUCUAAUGUGGGCUCCACGACCUUUCAAUAUGCGUUCGGGACGUACGCGAAGAGCGAUAGAUGUGCCACUUGUCAAGUCUUGGUAUCGAGAACAUUGCCCAUCAGGAAUGCCAGUGAAAGUGCGUGUUUCAUAUCAAAAAUUACUUAAAGUUUUUGUUUUAAAUGCUUUACGUCAUCGACCUCCAAAGCCUCAAAAACGACGUUAUCUUUUCCGCUCGUUCAAGUCAACAAAGUUUUUCCAGUCGACUACACUAGAUUGGGUUGAAGCUGGUUUACAGGUUUUGCGUCAAGGCUAUAAUAUGCUUAAUUUACUCAUACAUCGCAAGAACUUGAAUUAUCUUCAUCUGGAUUAUAAUUUUAACCUGAAGCCAGUAAAAACGUUAACAACUAAAGAACGUAAAAAGUCUCGUUUUGGUAACGCAUUCCAUUUGUGUCGUGAGAUCUUGCGUCUCACAAAAUUGGUAGUCGACGCUCAUGUGCAGUACCGACUAAAUAAUGUGGAUGCAUAUCAGUUGGCUGAUGGUCUGCAGUAUAUUUUUUCGCAUGUUGGUCAGCUUACAGGCAUGUAUCGUUACAAAUACAAGUUAAUGAGACAAGUUCGCAUGUGCAAAGAUUUGAAGCACCUUAUAUACUAUCGUUUCAAUACGGGACCUGUAGGAAAAGGACCAGGAUGUGGUGUUUGGGCACCAGGAUGGCGAGUAUGGCUUUUCUUUAUGCGUGGGAUUACUCCGCUUUUGGAGCGCUGGCUAGGAAACCUUUUGUCGCGACAGUUUGAAGGUCGUCAUUCAAAGGGUGUUGCGAAGACAGUAACCAAGCAAAGAGUUGAAUCUCACUUUGAUCUGGAAUUGAGAGCUGCUGUAAUGCACGAUAUUUUGGAUAUGAUGCCUGAAGGAAUUAAACAGAAUAAAGCUCGUGUGAUUCUGCAGCAUUUAAGUGAAGCUUGGCGAUGCUGGAAAGCAAAUAUACCGUGGAAGGUGCCUGGACUGCCAACACCAGUUGAAAAUAUGAUAUUACGUUAUGUGAAAGCUAAAGCUGAUUGGUGGACAAACUCUGCUCAUUACAACCGUGAGCGUGUUCGUCGUGGUGCUACUGUUGAUAAGACUGUUUGCAAAAAAAAUCUGGGGCGUCUAACGCGCUUGUAUCUUAAAGCUGAGCAAGAAAGACAGCAUAAUUAUUUGAAAGAUGGCCCAUACAUUAGCGCCGAAGAAGCUGUAGCAGUUUAUACAACAACUGUGCACUGGUUGGAAUCAAGGCGUUUUUCACCAAUUCCAUUUCCACCACUUUCCUACAAACAUGACACAAAAUUGCUCAUUUUGGCAUUGGAACGACUUAAAGAAGCUUACUCAGUAAAAAAUCGUUUGAAUCAAAGUCAGCGAGAAGAAUUGGCUCUAAUCGAGCAGGCAUACGAUAAUCCUCAUGAGGCGCUUUCCCGUAUCAAGCGACAUAUGUUGACGCAAAGAGCAUUUAAGGAAGUAGGAAUUGAGUUCAUGGAUCUUUAUUCUCAUUUGGUACCUGUUUACGACAUUGAACCUUUAGAAAAAGUUACGGAUGCGUAUUUGGAUCAGUACUUAUGGUAUGAAGCAGAUAAACGUCGUUUGUUUCCUAAUUGGAUCAAGCCUAGUGACACAGAACCCCCACCGCUUCUCACUUAUAAAUGGUGUCAAGGUAUUAAUAAUCUACAAGAAGUCUGGGACACCGCUGAAGGUGAAUGUGAUGUUAUGUUAGAAGCAAGGCUGGAAAAAGUUUACGAAAAAAUGGAUCUGACGUUAUUGAACAGAUUGCUCAGAUUAAUCGUUGAUCACAACAUUGCUGAUUACAUGACAGCAAAGAAUAAUGUCUUAAUAAACUACAAGGAUAUGAAUCACACCAAUUCUUUCGGAAUCAUUCGUGGAUUACAGUUUGCAUCAUUUAUUGUGCAGUACUAUGGCUUAGUUCUAGAUCUGUUAAUUCUUGGUCUUAGACGAGCUAGUGAAAUCGCUGGACCACCUCAGUGUCCAAACGAAUUCCUUACGUAUCAAGACGUCGCGACAGAAAUCGUGCAUCCUAUCAGGCUGUAUUGUAGAUACAUUGAUAAAAUUUGGAUCUUCUUCAGGUUCUCGUCCGAUGACUCGAGAGAUUUAAUCCAACGAUAUUUAACUGAGCAUCCAGAUCCAAAUAAUGAAAACAUUGUUGGCUAUAAUAACAAAAAGUGUUGGCCGAGAGAUGCACGUAUGAGGCUUAUGAAGCAUGAUGUUAAUCUGGGUCGCGCUGUGUUUUGGGAUAUUAAGAAUCGUUUGCCUCGAUCAGUCACUACCGUUGAAUGGGAAAAUUCAUUUGUAUCAGUUUAUAGUAAAGACAAUCCCAACUUAUUGUUUGAUAUGUGUGGUUUUGAAUGCAGAAUACUGCCAAAGUGCCGUAUGGCAACUGAAGAAUUAACUCAUCGAGAUGGUGUUUGGAAUCUGCAAAACGAGGUCACAAAAGAACGUACAGCUCAGUGUUUCUUAAAAGUUGACGAGGAGUCUUUAUUGAAAUUCCAUAAUCGGAUUCGGCAAAUCCUUAUGUCUUCUGGAUCUACUACUUUCACAAAGAUUGUUAAUAAAUGGAAUACGGCUCUUAUUGGACUGAUGACAUAUUUUAGAGAAGCUGUGGUUAAUACUCAGGAAUUGUUAGAUUUACUAGUCAAGUGCGAAAACAAAAUCCAGACACGUAUCAAAAUCGGACUUAACUCUAAGAUGCCCGCUCGUUUCCCACCUGUGGUUUUUUAUACACCAAAGGAAAUUGGUGGAUUAGGCAUGCUUUCAAUGGGUCAUGUGUUAAUUCCACAAUCUGACUUGCGGUGGAUGAAGCAAACUGAUCAGGGUGGGAUUACUCAUUUUCGAAGUGGCAUGACGCAUGAUGAAGAUCAGCUAAUUCCGAAUUUGUAUCGCUAUAUUCAGCCAUGGGAAGCUGAGAUCAUUGAUUCACAACGAGUUUGGGCCAAAUACGCUCUGAAGAGACAGGAAGCCAGUGCCCAGAACCGCCGCUUAACUCUUGAAGAUCUAGAUGAUAGCUGGGAUCGUGGAAUUCCUAGAAUAAAUACACUAUUCCAAAAAGAUCGACAUACUCUGGCAUAUGAUAAGGGUUGGCGAGUGAGAACGGAAUUUAAAACAUAUCAGAUUCUGAAGCAAAAUCCAUUUUGGUGGACACACCAACGGCAUGAUGGUAAAUUGUGGAAUCUGAACAACUACCGUACUGAUAUGAUUCAGGCUUUGGGUGGUGUUGAAGGUAUUCUUGAGCACACAUUGUUCCGAGGUACCUACUUUCCUACAUGGGAAGGAUUGUUCUGGGAGCGAGCUUCUGGUUUUGAGGAGUCAAUGAAAUUCAAGAAACUUACAAACGCUCAAAGAUCUGGUUUAAAUCAAAUUCCAAAUCGUCGUUUCACACUUUGGUGGUCACCGACUAUUAAUCGUGCUAAUGUUUAUGUUGGUUUCCAAGUGCAACUUGAUCUUACUGGUAUCUUCAUGCACGGCAAAAUUCCAACUUUAAAAAUAUCACUUAUUCAAAUAUUCCGUGCCCAUUUGUGGCAGAAAAUCCAUGAAUCAGUUGUUAUGGACUUGUGUCAGGUGUUUGAUCAGGAACUUGAUGCUUUGGAAAUUCAGACGGUACAAAAAGAAACAAUUCAUCCUCGCAAAUCUUAUAAAAUGAAUAGUUCAUGUGCUGAUAUUUUGCUGUUUGCACAAUAUAAGUGGCAUGUUUCGCGUCCGUCUCUGUUGGCUGACACAAAAGAUGUUAUGGAUAACACUACUACACAGAAAUACUGGCUAGAUAUUCAGUUACGAUGGGGUGACUAUGAUUCACAUGAUGUUGAGCGUUAUGCAAGAGCCAAGUUUCUUGAUUACACAACAGAUAAUAUGUCGAUUUAUCCAUCGCCAACCGGAGUUCUAAUAGCAAUUGAUUUGGCUUACAAUUUAUAUAGCGCUUAUGGCAAUUGGUUCCCUGGUAUGAAACCUCUUAUUCGACAAGCUAUGGCUAAAAUAAUCAAAGCAAAUCCUGCCUUUUAUGUAUUGCGGGAGCGUAUUCGUAAAGGUCUACAGUUGUACUCAUCAGAACCUACGGAACCAUAUUUGACAUCUCAGAAUUAUGGUGAAUUAUUCAGCAAUCAAAUUAUUUGGUUUGUAGACGAUACGAAUGUCUACAGAGUGACGAUUCAUAAAACAUUCGAAGGAAACUUAACAACGAAACCGAUUAAUGGAGCCAUUUUCAUUUUUAACCCUCGAACUGGGCAACUGUUUUUGAAAAUUAUUCAUACAAGUGUUUGGGCUGGGCAGAAACGUCUAAGUCAGUUGGCCAAGUGGAAGACAGCUGAAGAAGUAGCUGCUUUGAUUCGUUCUUUGCCAGUCGAAGAACAACCACGUCAAAUCAUUGUAACUAGGAAAGCUAUGUUAGAUCCUUUAGAAGUGCACUUGCUUGAUUUUCCAAAUAUUGUUAUCAAAGGGUCAGAAUUGAUGCUACCUUUUCAAGCUAUUAUGAAGGUAGAAAAAUUCGGUGAUCUUAUUUUAAAAGCUACUGAACCUCAAAUGGUAUUAUUCAACUUGUAUGAUGAUUGGCUGAAAACUAUAUCAAGUUAUACAGCAUUCUCUCGCGUUAUUUUGAUAAUGCGUGGAAUGCAUAUUAACCCGGAUAAAACCAAAGUUAUAUUGAAGCCAGACAAGACAACAGUCACUGAACCACAUCAUAUAUGGCCGUCUCUUUCUGAUGAAGACUGGAUUAAGGUUGAAUUAGCUUUGAAAGAUAUGAUUUUGGCAGAUUAUGGUAAAAAAAAUAAUGUCAAUGUUGCAUCGCUGACACAAAGUGAAGUGCGAGAUAUCAUUCUCGGUAUGGAAAUCAGUGCUCCAUCAGCACAGCGUCAGCAGAUAGCAGAUAUUGAAAAACAAACAAAGGAACAGAGUCAAGUUACUGCAACCACAACACGAACAGUCAACAAACAUGGUGAUGAAAUUAUAUCAGCAACGACGAGUAAUUAUGAGAGUCAAACGUUUGCGUCACGUACGGAAUGGCGAAUUCGAGCAAUCAGUGCGACUAAUUUGCAUUUACGAACACAGCAUAUAUAUGUCAACUCAGAUGAUGUUAAAGAUACAGGCUAUACAUACAUAUUGCCAAAGAAUGUAUUGAAAAAGUUUAUUGUUAUCGCUGAUUUAAGAACCCAAGUUGCGGGUUAUCUCUAUGGAGUAUCACCACCUGAUAAUCCACAAGUAAAAGAAAUUCGAUGUAUUGUAUUACCACCGCAGUGGGGUACUCAUCAGUUGGUACAUCUUCCAAAUCAGUUACCCACUCAUGAAUUCAUUAAAGAUCUCGAACCACUUGGAUGGAUGCACACACAACCAAAUGAACUCCCUCAACUUUCUCCUCAAGAUGUUACAUCUCAUGCAAAAAUCUUAAUCGACAAUGAAAGUUGGGAUGGUGAAAAAACUGUUAUUAUUACUUGCAGUUUCACUCCUGGUUCAGUGUCAUUAACUGCUUACAAACUAACUCCAAGCGGUUUCGAAUGGGCUCGAAGUAACACGGAUAAGCAAAGCAAUAAUCCAAAAGGCUAUCUUCCCUCUCAUUAUGAGAAAGUUCAGAUGCUAUUAUCAGACCGUUUUCUUGGCUAUUUUAUGGUCCCUUCAUCAGGAAUAUGGAAUUAUAAUUUUAUGGGUGUUCGGCAUGAAGCGAAUAUGCGUUAUGAUUUGACAUUAGCGAAUCCUAAAGAAUUCUAUCAUGAGGACCAUCGACCAUUGCAUUUCCACAAUUUCAAAGCAUUUGAUGAUCCGCUGGGAGUAUUUACUGCUGAUCGCGAAGAUACUUUUGCUUAA